ACAAGGUCUUUUAUUCUUCUACUUGAGUCUUCUUCAGUCAUAACAAGAUAUAUACAGCAAUACAUUUACCUACAUCUUUCUUCUCUCUUCAGUCAUCGCUUCAUAAAUUUUUUCACAUUUUUUUGUACUCUUUUUUUAUUUGUUUCUCUUCCUCUUAGGGAAAUUAAUGGAACCGAGCAGAGGAAAGAGAAGCCUGAAGUGCAAGAGCAUGGAGGAGCUGGAGGGAGAGGAGGAGGAAGAGGAAGAGGAAGAGGACGACGUUUCGAGACUAGGGUUUGCUGGAGACGACGUGACGAGGAAGAAGAGACCGGCCAUGGCUACUAGUAGUAGUAGUAGUACUGUUUUUACAGCUUCUUCGACCAGUGGUACGGCCGCAAGGAGAGGAGGAGGAUCCGGUGCGGGAGGGUCCACGAGGCCGAGCUGCCAGGCCGACAAUUGUAGCGUUGACUUGACCGACUCCAAGCAAUAUCACCGUCGGCAUAAGAUCUGCGAGUUCCACGCCAAGGCCACAGUCGUCCUCGUCAACGGUCUCCAGCAACGCUUUUGCCAGCAAUGUAGCAGGUUCCAUGGGCUAGCUGAGUUUGAUGACACUAAAAGGAGUUGUCGAAGGCGAUUGGCCGGUCACAACGAACGACGCAGGAAAAGCUCGUCUGACCUCCAUAGAGAAGGCUCCAACUGAUCAUCAGAUUAAGAAAAUUAAAGGAUACCUUAAUUAUGUAUCAGCAUGAUGAUCAGAAGCAGAACAACAGCAUUAGAGGGAGAAUUAAUUAGCUAUUUUUCCCAUUAAUGACUAGAUAUUACUCUGACCAAUUAUAAAGAUCCUAUGUGGUCCUCCGAGCGAUUGCUCUCUCUCUUCUGUCAACCCUUAAUUAAUUACCAUAUAUAUAUGUGUGUGUAUAUAUAUGGUCGACCGGCGGGUAUUGCUCUUCAGAUGUUUGUAUCCGAUGACAAAGAUUUGAGACACUGUUAUCACCAAAACGAUUGUUAUUGUUAUGCCAAACAGUUUAUUAGGCAUGGUUAAUUCUGCUAGCUUCACUAAUUAA